AUGGAUACAGGCCCCGACCAGUCCUACUUCUCCGGCAAUCACUGGUUCGUCUUCUCGGUGUACCUUCUCACUUUCCUGGUGGGGCUCCCCCUCAACCUGCUGGCCCUGGUGGUCUUCGUGGACAAGCUGCGGCGCCGCCCGGUGGCCGUGGACGUGCUCCUGCUCAACCUGACCGCCUCGGACCUGCUCCUGCUGCUGUUCCUGCUUUUCCGCAUGGUGGAGGCAGCCAAUGGCAUGCGCUGGCCCCUGCCCUUCAUCCUCUGCCCACUCUCUGGAUUCAUCUUCUUCACCACCAUCUAUCUCACCGCCCCCUUCCUGGCAGCUGUGAGCAUUGAGCGCUUCCUGAGUGUGGCCCACCCACUGUGGUACAAGACCCAGCCGAGGCUGGGGCAGGCAGGUCUGGUGAGUGUGGCCUGCUGGCUGUUGGCCUCUGCUCACUGCAGCGUGGUCUACGUCAUAGAAUUCUCAGGGGACAUCUCCCACAGCCAGGGCACCAAUGGGACCUGCUACCUGGAGUUCCGGAAGGACCAACUAGCCAUCCUCCUGCCCGUGCGGCUGGAGAUGGCUGUGGUCCUCUUUGUGGUCCCGCUGAUCAUCACCAGCUACUGCUACAGCCGCCUGGUGUGGAUCCUCGGCAGAGGGGGCAGCCACCGCCGGCAGAGGAGGGUGGCGGGGCUGGUGGCGGCCACGCUGCUCAACUUCCUUGUCUGCUUUGGGCCCUACAACGUGUCCCAUGUCGUGGGCUAUAUCUGCGGUGAAAGCCCAGCGUGGAGGAUCUAUGUGACGCUUCUCAGCACCCUGAACUCCUGUGUCGACCCCUUUGUCUACUACUUCUCCUCCUCCGGGUUCCAAGCCGACUUUCAUGAGCUGCUGAGGAGGUUGUGUGGGCUCUGGGACCAGUGGCAGCAGGAGGGCAGCGUGGAGCUGAAGGAGCAGAAGGGAGGGGAGGAGCAGAGAGUGGACCGACCAGCUGAAAGAAAGACCAGUGAACACUCACAGGGCUGUGGAAAUGGUGGCCAGGUGGCCUGUGCUGAAAGCUAG